AUGAAAUCAUCCUACAUCGUAUUGUUUAUUUUCAUCUAUUUUGCUCAUUUACUCGUUGGAUUACCAUCACCAUCGUCAUUCCCAGGUAUUCCAGCACAGGCUCUUAGAGAUGCAGAAAACACAUUAAAGCGUUAUAGCAAAUUAAUGAAUACCGAUACUGAAUAUCUCGUCUACGGUAUACUCCGUAUUUUGAUGGAACAUCCGCAAAUUUUUGCAUACAUACCACAAAAAGCAUUUGAUAUUACUAUGAAAAGUAUUAAAUCAAAAUUAGGUC